GAGGCUGCCGAUUCUCACAGGAAAGCAGGAAAGCUUCUAACUGGCUUCUCCCCUGAUCGUCCACUUAUGUAUAUUAUGGCUCGUUUGCCGGUCUGUUCGUGGCGAAAUCGAAGGGGCGAAGCGUUUCUCUGGACCUGCGGAAGGAAAUGGAGAUUGCUGCAAUUCUUUUCCCUGAGAAUCAGGCCACUGUUGCUGCAUAACAGAGCUCUACUCAAUUGGUGACGGCUCGCCUGGUCUCACGAUGGCUUCGAUGAGGAAACUUGGCGCAGAAUCGCCGAAUGCUAUGGUGACAAAGAUAUCACGUGACUAGGGUCUGUUGAUCAGCGACUCGUCACGCUGGCUGACUCAAAAGCCUCACCCCUGGUCCGCCCAUGAGCGCCUCCACUCCGUCAAACUUGGCAACGACGAUCCUCCGUUCGAGCUUUGCAACUUAUUCGCUGACAACAUGUUUUAUAAUCAAGGGACCUCUGACGUGAUGUUGCUGAUCCUUGGUGCCCACUCUUUGCCAACAAACUGCACGGAAACUUGCUAUUGGCCCUCUGGCUAAUUGACGACCAACCAUGAGGAAUACUUUAUGUCAUCCCCUGGAUUUGUCUUGAAGUUGAUAGGUUUCCAAGACACAGAAGUCACAAAAUCCUAUUUUUUCAUCCAUGGGGCAUGUCCUACUAGGCUACGUGACGGGAUCCAUCGUUUUCUCAGCACGUAUAAAAGAGCGUCAGCCUGGACUGGAUUCCUACACACCCUCAAAUAUCAUCGUACUUCUGCAUCUGCUCAAUAUCACACAUCGUAUCCGCCGUUUAUAUCAAGUUCACCAUGUCACACGGCAAGCAGUUCACUUUGUACUCACACAAAGGCGGCCCCAAUGGCUGGAAAAUCGUCUUUGCCUUGGAGUAUCUAGGCUUAUCCUACGAGACCGUUUACCUUGAUUUCCACAAGGGAGAACAUAAAGGACCCGAGUACACGAAGUACAACCCGAACGGUCGCAUUCCAACGAUAAUUGAUCACAAGAAUAAGGACUUCGUCCUCUGGGAAAGUGGCGCCAUUCUCGUGUAUCUGGUCGAUAAGUAUGAUGCCGACCAUAGGCUCUCUGCGGCUACGGAGAAGGAUAAAUACCUGCAGCUUCAGUGGCUGUUCUUCCAAGCCUCUGGCCAAGGACCAUACUUUGGACAGGCAGCAUGGUUCUCGAACUUCCAUCCAGAGAAAGUGCCGAGCGCAGUGGAGCGGUAUCAGAAUGAGAUCAAACGCGUUCUAGGCGUUCUGGACUCCGUGCUGAGGGAGCGCGAAUGGCUUGUGGGAGAUAAGAUGACCGUCGCCGAUAUCGCCUUCAUUACAUGGAACUCAUAUGCUCGAAAUGGCCUUCUCAAGAAUGAUGAAAGUUUCAACUUCGAUGAGCAGUUCCCAGCAGUCGCAAAAUGGCAUCAAGCUAUGACUACGACACCCGUGAUUAAGAACGUACUGGAUCAUAUGGCCUCGUUGCGUUAA